UGCAGGUGGCCUGCACCACCUUAAAGCUGUUAUUUACCUAAUAAAAUAGUGCAAGUGGAUUUGAAGAAUAGGUCAUAAAAAUACAUGCAUGUUACAAAUGAAUGAUCUUUGUCUGAAGUUACCUACACAACACAGGUCUGCAGGUCUCAUUAACGGGUACUAGUUUUACCCAGCUCUUCAAUAGAUGGGUUCACGUGUAUGUACAUACAUGUAGGUGUUUUCCAUAUGCAGAAAAGGAUUACUUAAGAUCAGCUAAAGGAAUUCAUUGUUAUGUUUUAAUUGGAUUAUCAUUAUGAUGUUGACCAAUAUAGAAGAUGGGAUGUGGUAAUGGCGACAACAAGCACGUAACCGUGUUCAUUCUCACUGUUCUCUGUGUUGGAGUGUAUAUUUAUCUGUAUGUAGAUAUCAACUCGAGUCUCCAGAAAUUAGAAGAUUUAGAACGCUCAACAUACUACCACCUUAAUCUGAUUCUAGCGGACCACAAUCGUCCAAGAGAAGAUAAACCAAAACUUUUAAAGCCGCACUACGUUAAGCACACAAGAAAUGGAUCUGAAACGCAGUUUUUCUUACAUAAUUAUAAUAUAUCUGGUCCCAUUUUGACAAUAUUUACAUCUUGGUCAAAAUCAAACGAGACUGAUUUGAUUAGAAAUAACACUGUAAGAAACUGGAGCCUCUUCUCGCCUUAUUUAUACCCUAUCUUAUUCACAAACGACACGGGUCUAAAAAGAGAUGUCAGGGCAAUGGGAUGGGAUUCUCUUCCAAUUAUACACUCAGGAAAAGGAGUACCAGUCCUUAAACACAUGUAUUUAGACGCUAUGAAAAAAAUAGAGUCUCCCUUGUAUGCCUUUGUGAAUGGAGACAUAUUGUUUACCCAGUCUUUGCUGGAGACUCUUGUCUCAGUUCUUCAUUCAGAUCUUUACCAGAACGGGACAGUGUUGGUUGUUGGAAGAAGAACGAACGUAUUAAACGUGAAGCGAAAGACGGCAAGUAGUUUUCAAGAUCUAGCGAAUGUAUCUGUUAAAAUUGGCAGUUUAUUUACUCCUUGGGGGCUAGACUAUUUCAUCACAUCUAAGACGUUUCCAUGGCGAGAUAUGCCAGAUGUUGUCAUUGGUCGAGUUGGCUAUGACAAUUUUUUGGUUGUUGAAUCGAACAAGAGAAAGAUCGCCGUCAUUGACGCAACGAAGACGUUGUUAGCGGUUCAUCAGACCACAAAGAAAGGCGGGAAUUUUGAAAGUCGUAAAAAGUUAAAUAAAGACUAUAAUAUUAAUUUGAUAGCUAAGAUUUAUAAAAAGAUCAACUAUGGGAUGGGAACGUCGAAUGCUGCUAAAUAUUUUACUAAAUACAAUUCUAAAUCGCAAGUGUACAUUGUAAAGAAGUGAAAUUCAAUGAGAUACUAUCGCCAUCAAAGCUUCCGUUAUUUUGUCCAUUGAACAAGGUGUGUUUUUUCUCUGGUUAGUAAACUUUCAUUUGCAUGCUAAAUGUGAACUGCUCUUGAGAAUUAUGAAUCCACAUUUAGCUUUCAUGUGGUAUUUAACUUUGUUUUCUGAUAUCAAUAAAGACUGUAGUAUUUUUCUCGAAUAAUAAAUCAUCA